AUGGAGAAUCGCGUGCUCAUUCUCGUUCCCGAUCACCGGAAUGUUUGUCCUUUGUCAUCGGAAUUGUGCAAGUUGUUAACUAGUGUGAAUGUUGCAUCAGGGAUAAUUCUUAAGCACAUUGGAUUUAUGUGGAAUCGGCCUUCAGAAUUAUAUAUUUAUGGAUUGUUGAUAAGGAAAGGAUUUAGCCUUACGGACAUUCAUGCACAGCGCGAGUCAACUUACGGAUUCAAUGUGACUACACCUCACGGGAUUCCUGUUUCUGUCUCUGAUUGGAAGAGUUUCAAGAAGACGCUUAGAGAAGAAUACAAGUCAUUGGAAACUGCAGAGCCCACAUCUCAUGAUGCUUCAAAGAGCAACAGGUUCGAUGUUGUUCAGGUUGUGGUAAUGAUAUUGUCAGGAUGUGUGAUGCGGAAGAAAAACAAUUAUACAUUGGUUAAAGAUGCCAAUAUACCUAAUGUUGACAAUGCUCCGCAACGUCCAACGAAGAAGCCAGCAGAAGGGUGGGGUGAUCGCAACGAUAACACGCUUAAAAAUGUUGCAACGUUGACGCAUUCGAACAGUGUUACCAAAUAA